AUGGCACACAACGGCACGACCGCAAGCCUCAACACGGGCGCCAAGAUCCCUCUCAUAGGUUUUGGCACGUGGCAGGAUAAGGAAGCGCAAGAACCGGCGGUCACUAUUGCGUUGGAGGCCGGUUACCGGCACAUUGACACGGCGCGAAUAUAUGGCACGGAAGCGGCUGUCGGUAACGCCAUCAAGAAGUCGGGCAUUCCUCGCGAGCAGAUAUUCCUUACGACUAAGCUGUGGAACAACAAGCACGACCCAAAAGAUGUCGAAGCCGCGCUCGAUGCGUCACUCAAAGACCUCCAAACAGACUACGUCGACCUUUAUCUUAUGCAUUGGCCCAGCGCCUUCAAGCCGAGUGACGAGAUGUUCCCCAAGGACAGCCAUGGUAACACCAAGACGGCCAACAUCGAUUACGUCGAUACAUACAAGGCAAUGGAGAAGGCUCUCAAGACCGGCAAGACAAAGGCGAUUGGCAUCUCCAACUUCAGCAAGGCAGAGCUCGAUCGCUUGCUGAAGGAGACCAGUGUCGUCCCCGCGGCCCAUCAGAUGGAGAUGCACCCUUGGCUGCAGCAGAAGUCCUUCGCCGACUUCCACAAACAGCACAACAUCCACAUCACACAUUACUCGCCCUUCGGAAACCAGAACGAGAUUUACGAUGCGGGCAAGGGAAUGGGAAAGCUGAUGGAGGACCCGGUGCUUGUUGAGAUUGGCAAGAAGCACGGCAAGUCUGGCGCCCAGGUGGCACUGGCGUGGGGUAUCGAAAAGGGCCAUUCAGUCAUCCCGAAGUCCAAGACCGAGAGCAGGAUAAGGCAGAACCUCGAGGGUGACUUUAAGUUGGACGCCGAGGACGUCCACAAGAUCGAUGGUAUCGACAAGAAGCUGCGCUUCAACGACGCGAGCAAAAGCUUUGGCUACAACUUCUUCAGCGAUUUGGAUGGCAAGAAGCAGUAG